AGGGCACCCCAAGUAAUAAUUGUCCAGCCCUGCCCCAAGCUCCCAGGUGAUGCUGAGUUCUCACUCUGGCCCCUGCGCCAGGUGACAGAAUCCAGACACCCCAGACAGAGCUUUUAGUAGGAAAUGAGGGAUUCUGUCCUCCAAGGAGGGCCCAUGUAGGGGGGCCUAUGUUGGGGUUUUAGGGGAGCAGACCAGGGCAGUCUAGGGGAGUCAAGCUCGGCCUGACCCUGUGUCCCCCCAGGUCUUUUCUCAGCCACUUGCCUUUCUGGCAGCAGUGUUUUCCUUCAGAUGAGUGUGCAAGUGUGUGUGUGUGUGUGUGUGUGUGUGUGUGUGUAUGAGUGUAUGUAUGUGUUCAGUCUCCAGUUCUGGCACAAUUGUGUUGGGAAGUUCCCCCUACUGUCUAAUCUCCAUGCCUCCUGCUGCAGGUUUUUUCUUCAAUGGGGGCGUUUACUCUCACUCCUUUCCCCCAUCUUUGUCACCCCAGAAUCUGGAAGGUGCCUCCAUAUUUGGGUGAUGCUUAAUGUUGCAGAGAGAAAGAAUGAGAGCUGGGCCUAUGGCCAUGGAACCCCAUUUCCUUCUCUCCUUCCUAAGAGUUCCCAGGACAGGCUCUGUCACAGGACCCUGAAUUCUCUCUGUGAGCAUUCUCCCUGUGGCCUCCUGGAGCUGGUGACGUGAAGGCCUGCCUUUCCUGCUUUACUUGGGCCAAAAUCCCAUGGCGGGGACAUGAGUCCCCCCUUUACCUUGCCGUUGGGCAGGAGGAUUAUGGCUCCAUGGAGAGGCCCUGUGUGUGAUCUGAGACACGGGGCUUGAGUCUGGAGCUGGGAGUGGUAGGGCACCAGGCCUCUGCCUUCAGAAGAAUUAGAUUUGUGGGCAUGGGGAACUCUUCUUGGAAGUGGGGUCUUUGCUGUUGGUGAGAGGACUUACUUACAAGUGACCAUGUUGGUGGGGGUCUUAUAGAUACUUGGUGGGAGAAUAAAUAGCCCCUUCUUCUCUGGGAGGCCCUGGGGAGGGCUUAUCACCUGGCGGGUAGUAGCUAGGGGAGAGAGGCACCCGGCACCUGGUUGCCAGGUAAACAGGGCCCAGCUGGACUCAGGGGAGGGGGCAGGUGUGCCCGAGCUGAGCUAACAAAGGCAGAGCUUCCCACAGGAAGUGCCAGGCCAAGAAGGAGAGGCUGGGAAUGGGGCUCUGGGGGCCACCAAGGGAGAAGUCUGUCUGUGGGGGAGAGCCUGCUGUCAGUGUGGUCUGUGCUGUGAUGAACAGGCCAAUCCAGGUCAAGCCAGCCGACAGCGAGAGCCGAGGAGAAGACCGGAAGCUCUUUGUGGGGAUGCUAGGGAAGCAGCAGACAGAUGAGGAUGUCCGGAAGAUGUUCGAGCCUUUCGGGACCAUAGACGAGUGCACUGUGCUCCGGGGCCCAGACGGCACCAGCAAAGGCUGCGCCUUCGUGAAGUUCCAGACCCACGCUGAGGCCCAGGCGGCCAUCAACACCCUUCACAGCAGCCGGACCCUGCCGGGUGCCUCAUCCAGCCUGGUGGUGAAGUUUGCCGACACGGAGAAGGAGCGCGGUCUCCGCCGAAUGCAGCAGGUGGCCACCCAGCUGGGCAUGUUCAGCCCCAUCGCUCUCCAGUUUGGCGCCUACAGCGCCUACACCCAGGCCCUGAUGCAGCAGCAGGCGGCCCUGGUAGCGGCUCAUAGUGCCUACCUCAGCCCCAUGGCCACCAUGGCUGCCGUGCAGAUGCAGCACAUGGCCGCCAUCAAUGCCAACGGCCUCAUUGCCACCCCCAUCACCCCUUCCUCAGGAACCAGCACGCCUCCUGCCAUCGCUGCCACACCCGUCUCUGCCAUCCCUGCUGCCCUGGGCGUCAACGGCUAUAGCCCAGUGCCCACCCAGCCCACCGGGCAGCCUGCCCCUGACGCUCUAUAUCCCAACGGGGUUCACCCCUACCCAGCCCAGAGCCCCGCGGCCCCCGUGGACCCCCUGCAGCAGGCCUACGCGGGGAUGCAGCACUAUACAGCAGCUUACCCAGCAGCCUACAGCCUGGUGGCACCUGCGUUCCCGCAGCCUCCUGCUCUGGUGGCCCAGCAGCCCCCGCCACCCCCCCAGCAGCAGCAGCAACAGCAGCAGCAGCAGCAGCAGCAACGGGAAGGCCCUGACGGCUGCAACAUCUUCAUCUACCACCUGCCCCAGGAGUUCACGGACUCAGAGAUCCUCCAGAUGUUUGUCCCCUUUGGCCACGUCAUCUCAGCCAAAGUCUUUGUUGACAGAGCCACCAAUCAGAGCAAGUGUUUUGGCUUUGUGAGUUUCGACAAUCCGGCCAGCGCCCAGGCUGCCAUCCAGGCCAUGAACGGUUUCCAGAUUGGCAUGAAGCGCCUCAAAGUCCAGUUAAAGCGGCCUAAGGAUGCUAAUCGGCCCUACUGAGGGCACCCAGGUCUGGAGACACCAGAGGAAGGGGCGCCUCACCCCUCUCCCCACGGCUGGCCCCGGCCCCCUCUGCACAUCCGCCCUGGACCUUGUCUGGGCUCUGGGGCAAACGCUGCUUCGUGGCCCUGGGGGCACAGGACACCGGCCCACUCCCAUCACCCCGCCUCCCCCAAAGGGCCUUUUCCUGCCAGGUGCCCUUUUGGCCUUUUGUGAGGGAGCAUGGACCAGGCUCGAAGGCUCGGGGGUAUCUGCCUUCUGCUGAGGCUCCUGUGACGGGCCUCCUGUGCCCAGCUUUCGCACCUGCCUCCCCCACCUGUGGGCCUCAUCUACCUGUGUGGCCCGGGAGGGCAGCAGGGGCUGCCGACACGCUCCCCACCCACCUCACCCCAGCCUCUUCCCCACAUUAGGGGUUUCUCAGAAGCUGGUUCUCACACUCCCUGCCACCCUCAGCUCGAGGUAGGACAACCCUUAACCCUGGGCUCCCAGCCCUAAAACACUGCCUCCCCUGAGGGCCCCCUCUAAGGAGGGUGUGGGGGAGCCCUGAGGGCUGCCUCUUUGCCAGUCAGCCACAGAGACCCUCCUCCUUUCAUGAGGAAAAGACCUCCCCUAAACCCCUAAAAAUGUUUACAGUCUCUGCUGGUCCCCUCCGUGUAAAUACCACUACCACCCGUGCGUUAUCCAGCCCGGCCCAGCCCGGACGCUGCCAUCUCUCUUUCUGGGAGUUUAGACAAUAUUUCCCUUGGAUUUUUUCUCUCUCUUGAUUUCUCCCUUUGCUUUGAGGGGUAACUGGGUAUUUGGGAGGAGGGGUGUGGGGUGGGCUAAAAGGGUUUAUUACCUGAUCAUUUUCUUUAGAAAGAGGUUUUAGGGAAAAGAAAUGGGGUGGGGGUGGGAGUGGUAAGGGGAGAGUGGGGAGUCAGUUUCAGACACUUCUCUAUGCUUAACUUAUUUAUUUAUUGCAUUUUACUUUUAAAGAGUUGGUCUUUUCUGUCUAAAUAAAGAAAAAAGUUUAAAAGCUUC